AUGAAGCAGUUGGAGAGACAGCUGCUAACGAGACUCGCAACGCAUAUUCAUGACAAAGCGGAUGGAUGUUGGUUGUCGUUGCUCCUGGCUUUGAAAUUCACAUGGUCCGUGCACGCACCUCAGAAGUUGUCAUUGAAGCUAGCUAACCGCAGCUGUUUUCCGCAAAAAGCCGAAGCUCCUUCUGUGCUUCUUGUCGCAGAGGGUUCUCUUUGGGAGGUCGACCUACCUAGCGAAUGGCACGAAGAGGCGGCCGAGACCCACGCAGAGAUGUACGAGGUCACGCCAGAGUACGUGAACCUGCUUACUGCUCCGACAGAAAGCUACCUAUGUGAUUUGGAGCACAACAUCUACAACCUUCAGUUUGUUGAUUUCAGAAUCCGGUCGUUGGACGAGGGCAACGAAGGGGUGCUUUUUGAUCUUGGUGCUGGCGACCGUCCGUCUCCGAUUCCACCAGAGCUCAGCGAGAACACCGGCCGAUUUAUCCGGUACCAUUUUGGUCCCCAGUUCCUCGACAUCCAAACGAUUGGUACAACUCUUGAGUUCACCAAUGGUGACUAUGAGGUGCAAAACUUCCGAAUGAUCGAGCGACAUUACUUUCGUGAUCAGCUGAUUACUAGCUAUGACUUCACGAUGCCCUUCGUAAUCCCGAACACCAGGAAUACUUGGGAGAUGAUUUAUACCAAACCGGAGCUCAGUGACGAGUGGAAGGAAGCACUGAUCAGUAGCCCCUGGGAAGUUCGAUCUGAUAGCUUCUACUUUGUCGACGGGCGCCUCGUGAUGCACAACCGUGCAGAAUACAACUAUGGGUAUUGA